ACGGCACCGCGGCAAGCCCCGAGUGCGGACUGUCACCGACGCAGGGCCCACGCUGCUCGCUUACCCCCCUGUUCGCUCCAGACUGCACGCUUUCCCUUCGGAAGCUGGAAGGAGGAGUGCGUGUGCGCGCGUUGCGGCGAACCCGAGGCUGGCUUCGAGAAACAACGUGAUCUCAUCAAACCUCGCCGUGCAGCUACAUAGCUGUGCUCUGCGGGAAACACCGGCCGGCAAUAUCGAAACAACGCCUUGACCUUCGGAGUCGGUGGUGGUGCUAACGACAGCGACGGGAAAGACAGCGCAGCCUGAGUAAACGACGUCGUCGGAGGGCGCGUGAACACACCGUCGCCUCCCGGCGCCCAGGCGCAGUCGCCGCUGACUCGAUCGGCGGCGGGGGUGUAGCGCAGCGCGCGGACGUUUUUCGUCGUGGCCGACAUCGGCGCUGGCGCGCGCUCGCUCCUUUCUCAUUUCUCACGCAGAAAAACGAGCCGCCCGCCGCAGUUGUUCGUCAGUCACGCGCGUUUCCUUCGCAGCCAGCCGCCGGCGGAGGUCUUCGUGCAGCUGCUUGGAGCUCCUUCUUCGCUUUCUGAAACCCCGGGCGGCUGCUCAGGGCGGAGAAUUGAGGAGGCCACGACACGGCUGCGACAAUCGAAGUUGGACCCCGCGGUGAUCCUGCGCGAAGGGUCCUGCUCCACCGACGGCAAGCUUGGUUUCACGUGGGAUAACGUGCCGCUGGCGCCAGAGUCCUCCCUCCACAUAGCGAUGCUUCGAAGCGACGGUGUCUGCAAGAGGAUGCGCUUCUUCUGAACUAGAGUGAUGCAUUGGCGUCGAGAACAGUCUCCGAGUGGAGUCGCACACGGUGCGAUUCAAUGACUCGUGGAGCUCGAUUCGCCGGUCUCGUGAAUGAGGUCACCUGAGCACUCCCCACCAAAGGAAACAGCGGCAGCCACAACCGCGCAUCAGAAGCCGUCAUGAGUCUACCCUGGCUGCCUCGUUUCCGGCCCCUGUUCCUGCUGGUGACGGCGCUCAACGUGCUUCUUCUGUACAGCGUGGGCCACUACCUGUGGGCGCCACGGUCCGCUGCACUGUGGUCCUCGUCCGCUGAUGGGUCGGGCUCCGCUGCAGUCGCCUGGGAGCGGGCCGCGCCCGUGGGCUACCGGAUUCGAACCCCGGGCUGCACGUUGCCACAAUUUGACCCCUUCGACCCUUCCAUCAGGCCUUACUUCCAGCGCCGCUCGGAGACGCGCCGAUGUGGUGGAAAACCAAACUUCCUUACUAUCAGGGAUGGAUACCCGACUGUGAUUACCCAGAAUCUCAAAGAACAUGGCGUGCUUCCAAAGGACCUCUUGUGCUUCUACAAAGAAAUCUACCGAAAUGAAUCUUUGAAGAAACCCGACGAGAGGUACCUCUACGGGAACAGAGAACGGCUCCAGUUUGACGAACCACUUCAAAAGGAGUUCCUCUUCGUGGAAUGUGCCACGACCCAGUCUCCGGACCGACCAUUUCAUGACCAAUUCCUUCUCAAUGCUGUGAUCAAAGAGAGUGUUGAGGAACGCUGUCGCGCGGCAUCUGUUGGAACGCCCCACAACCUGAGCGUUCUAGUUCUCGGUCUCGACUCGGUCUCUUACUUAAACUUGGACAGGCACCUACCAGAGACUGCAAAGUAUGUUCGUGAGAAUCUCGGCGGUUUCGAAUUGUAUGGAUAUAAUAAGUUAGGAGAUAACUCGUACCCGAAUCAGGUUCCCCUCAUCCUGGGCCUCAAGGACUACGAAGCAACCAAAGCUGCUCCAGAUGGGUUCUACGAUGACUUGAGUAGCCGUUUCAUUUGGCAGCUGUAUGGAGAACGGGGUUACCGGACCAUGUUUCUCGAGGAGUCGCCAUUCUACGGCCUCUUCAACUACUUCAGCCAGGGCUUCCGGCGAGCUCCGGCUGACUACUACCUGCGACAUGUCAUUCAGGCCAUGGACGACUCACCAAAGAAAACCCAAGAUUGGCAACGCGUCCGCUGUUUAGGGCCUACGAUGCCGUUCGAAGAAUUGCUGGACUACCUCGCCCGCUUCACGGACGUGAUGGGAGACAGACCGUUCUUUUCGUACACCUGGAUCAGCGAGAUCACGCACGAUUCGCUGAAUAGCGCAGGCUACGCGGACGAGCCGUUCCGGCGGCACCUAGAAACUUUGCACACUUCCGGCACGCUCAACCACACCGUUCUCGUCUUCCUUAGCGACCACGGCUUGCGGUUUGGUGACGUUCGGGCAACUUACAUCGGCAAGUUCGAGGACCGCCAGCCGUUCGCCUUCGUCGUCUUCCCGCCGUGGUUCUUGCGGCAGAACCCAGAAGUGGCGCGCACGCUGCGCGCCAAUCAGCACCGCCUGACGACUCACUUCGACGUGCACGCCAUGCUCGUCGAGCUGCUGGACUUCCCCAAUGCCGAACGACCCAACUCCACGUACGGGCUCAGCCUGCUGCACGAAAUACCCGAAACAAGGACGUGCUCUGACGCGUCCAUCUCUCACCACUGGUGCGUGUGUGAUGCCCGCGCCGACGCCAGCGUUACGGGUGAGGUUGCCUCGAUGCUCGCAAACCAAUUCAUGUCCACCAUCAACAGAUGGGUGUCCCAGGCCGUGCGGUUGUGCGAAGAGUACCGGCUGCUCGAAAUCAUGGACGUGACGGCGCUUCGGGCGACCCCUGCUGAGCGUGCGGCGAACACGAGCCAUUACUGGGUGACCAUCAAGCUUUCGCCGGGCGCGGCAGUGUUUGAGGGCACGGUGCGUGUACAAGGAGACAAUGUGACGGUGCUGAAAGAGAUCAGCCGCUGCAACUGGUUCUCGGGCCAGUCGUACUGCGUCAGCAACUGGCUACAGAAGUUUUGCUAUUGCCGGAGAACUCUUGGAGAGCUGAUUUGAUGUUGGCGGUUCUGGUGUAGUCCAACUGCUUAUUGACGGUCCAGAGCGCUGACCAGCGGAGUCAACUCGCUUAAGCAAUAGCAUUGCCGGGUCGCGAGGUGUAUAUAUAGGCACCUACGGCGCUAUUACUUUAUCCUUGUGAGUUUCCCUGGCAAUUCGACAAUGCUACUGGUUUUGCGUGACGGUGGUUACUAGUGCUACAGCUGCACUUGUAAAUAGGGGGGACGUUCUACAAAUGUGAUAUACUUGGCGAUGACAGACAUGGGAGAAAUCCCUUGCUAGCCUUUGCCACGGAACUCUAAUUAACGGUUGUGCCGCGCUGGAGCUGGUGCGUGGGCGCAUACCGGCCGCCUCAUCUACUGCCCGCUUUGGCUUCGAGAUAUGCAAGGUUGUCCCUCUUUUGGAGUAGGAAUAGCGUGCAGUGUUCGGUACCUUAGCGUAGGAAAGUGAAUCCAGCCUUACCAAUCUAUAUGGCUGCAAAGCCUGACUUGAUCAAAUCAUCAUUUUUCUGAACGUAGAACGCGAACUUUCUUUUACCGAUAUACCGUGCGAACUAGUCGUUAGUGCCGUUGUUAGCCGUCUCGCGACGGGUUAAUUUAAGAGCAAGGACCUUUCGCUUGUCCGCCUACUCGUUAUCACUGUACGCAAUACAUGAAUGCCUAAGACGCAAACGUGAGCAGCCGCGCUGGUAGCGUUAUCUUGUGACGUUGAGUAGAAUGUGCUUAUAUGGACUCAAGCUCCAUUGAGGCGCAUUGUUUUAAAUGGCAUGCGUCGUCCUAUCCUAAGUUAUGUGCGCACAAUUCCAAGCAAGAUGUCCUACAUAGCGCCGCUGUGUGGUCAUUGGUACCGACGAUCAGUGGCAUGGCUAAUAACUUUUUCAUUUGUUGGUGCGUGAGCUCGUGACCCUCAUGCAUGUGAGGGCUGAAUUGGCCAGUGUUGUCGAGCACCGGUUUGCGCUCGGUCAUAGUAUGGUAGGCAGACAUUUCUGAGAGGGCCCGGUUUACCAGCUCCCAGUUACGCUGCUACCAAUGUCCGUUACCACGUGUCUUCGAGCCGGCGACAACACUGUCACAAAACAGUAGCGUUUUUGUAACGCGCCCUGGUUGAACGUUAUGUCACAAGCUAUCGCCACCAGAGCUUCUGCCGUAUUCUAUAUGUAAUCACCCUCAUGAUAAUACAUGAACAGUGCGGGCAGGUUGAGUUUCCGUUCUCGGCAGACCACACGAAGUGGUCUCGGUAUAUGUAUACGUUCGCUCGUUAGGGCUUUCCUUCGCGCUUUCUGAAAACAUCCGACAUCGCCCAUUAGCAGAACGCCGCCUUGUCAGACUUUGUGCAAGUUAAGCUUUUUUUUAUUGCGACAUAUUUGUUGUUAUAUGCAGUUUAAACAUACGUGGCGCCGAAUCGUUUCAUUUGUUCACAUGUUUGUUUGUUUUGGCCCUCACGGAGGGAAUCGAGUACCAUGUAGCCCAAAGAUACAGCGCGAGUCUUUUUGUUUCGCUCGCGGACUUGCCAAAGACCGGCGUAUAAAAGUGCCAAACUAGAAGUAUAGCUGUCAUCGGUACAUUUUAUGCAAGCUCUCAAAUCGUCCCUCUCGUUGUACACUGCGUUUCAACAAUACCUCUUUCAUGUCGCGGUCGAAAAUAUGGUGACUUUGGGUUGUGAGUACGGCUCGCAACCAUCUGCAUAAUCUACGGGCUUGUCCGCUCUGAAAGUAAACAUGGCUCAGCGUGGUCCCGCUCCGUGGAGCGCCAGGGCAUGUAGGUGCGGCCAUAGAGUUUCCUAAUAUACACUAGAGGUAACUCUGGCGCUAGUGUCUGUGGGAGCUGCAACGCACGGCGCUUCAGUCAGCAUGGGAAUGAUGGGUAGUGCACACAUUUGUCUAAACUUCGUACUUCUGGCCUUAUUUUGCCUCCGUGUGUGUUCGUGUGGCUUUAAGCUGUUUUCUCACGAAACAAAAAUGAGCAAAUGUUCAGCGAUUACGCUUCACCACCCUAUUUUUGCGACUUACCUUUCAAAUUGGGUCACGAAGUUCAAAAGUGUUGAAUCUUUCUUUCAAAACAAAACCGAAACACAGCAGCAAACGAAGCCGCAAGUACGAUCCGCCCCCGCAUGCGUACGAAGACUAGGCAAAUGUGUGUACUAGCCAUCAUUCCCAGGGUCGCUGAACGGUCGCAGUGCCAGAGUCCCCUCUAGUUAAUUUUAGGAAACUCAUGGGUGCGGCUGCGUACCGAACCGAAUACGCGCAGAAGCAAAGGGACGUGCCGCUUUUGCUCUACUUCACAGAAAUGCGACGUCGGUGCGCUCCAGGGCUGUAGCAGACGACACGAUCCUGGUGCGCAUGCGCCGCAUAGAUAUCUGGGCCGUGAUAGAUACACUGGCGCUCCGCGGAGUGCGGCUACGCUGAGCCGUGUUCACCCCGAAAGUGUACGAGCCUGCAAGUGUGUACCUUUCGACCAGCGCUAUGCGUUAAUUCAAAUGAGUCAGCGCCGUAGGCAUUGUUGUAAUGAAGACUUAUGUUUAGUGACUAACACGUGUAGUUGUUAAUUGUCAUUAGUAAGCGUGAAUUCGCAACUUUCACCGCCUAGAGAGGGCACUGGUGUAAGCCCAACAUGGCUGUCGUUUGGGGGAUCGUGCAGCCGGCGCGCUGGCAGGCAGGCGCCACCGGCGUGCCCGUCACUUCGACCUGUGUAGUAUUUUCGGCUGCAGCCACCGUGUUGUCAAGGCUUUGCUGAGAAGGUAAUUGACCCUAGCAUGUAUUAUAUCCCACACUGCGUGUUGAGAAACGCGUGUGCGGCAUAUAUUUACGGAAAAGAAGUUUCGAACGCCGGGCACGUCGUCUGCUGCGGUGCACAGCUUUGUGAACGCGGCUCGUGCCACGGCCGGGGAAGACCAAGCGGCCGUGCUCGUGCAAAGCAGGUAACCUCGCCAUUGGCUGCACGGAUGUCUGCACAGCGGCAUCCAACAUAUUUUGUGGUUCUUCUAGCUCAGCAAGCAAACAAUAAAUAUUAAAUCAUUGCUACUACGACUCGCAGUAACUGUCUGACUUCACAAUAACCGCAGUAGAAAUUACCAGCGACAAAAUAUAAAACACCAGCAAGCUGCCAAAGUGAGGCCGAGUGAAUGAUGGCAUGGGCUGGUUGCAUGGGCAUCCCCCAAACGACAGUUACGACGGAUGCCGCAUGACGACGCCACCAUCUGUGAAAGUUGCGAAUUGGCAUGACGAACAAAAAAAAUGAUGAAGGAAAAGUAACAUUGAGGCCACAAGAACGGGUAAGUCCGCUCGCCGAUCUUCGUCUUCCUGCUGCGGUCUCGAAAUAGUCUUCCAAAGCACGUGGCCCCACGUGGCGAACAUUCACUACGGCAAAUUAUGGUCACCGCGUCAUUAGCUACUCGCCUCUUUCUUCAACGACACUGUAAGUUUCAUCGGUGCCAACGACGCUGGUCAAGCCCUGUCUGAGAGAAGCGGAGAGUUUUAGGAUUUGUCACUAUGACGUUGACAUUUUUUUUCCCACAUGAGUGCCAUCCUCUUUCAACAACGCUCACUUUUAAUCUAGGCAUAUCUACCAUUCGUAGUUUUUUUUAACCAUUCCUUCACCGCUUGACGAUUUCGAUUCAGCCAUUAAAGAACAAAAGAGAAAA